GGACAUGUGCACUUCCACUGUCUUAUGCCGCUUCUUUUGUGGUCCUCUAGGUUGGAACCUUCUGACUCUUCCUCCACUAAAUCAAACCUGGAUACAGACUUUUCUACUCCGAGCCCAAAGGACAGGAGAAACCUCAUUAUCUACAAUCUGGAGCAUUGAUUGCGUUUAGUCUGAAAGCUCCCACCAGGCAAGUCUCCAUGGGGGACGUAGGCCCUGGUACCUUGAUACGGAGGGUUGCAAUUGUAGGCGGCGGACCUGUGGGAAUAUCAUGCACCAAGUACUUGCUUGCUGAGAAGGUGUUUGACAAGAUCGACAUCUACGAGCAGCGAGACCGGGUGGGUGGCAUAUGGAAUCUCUCUGAGCCAGUCCGCUCUAGACAUAUACCAGUGCCACAGGUCAAUCCACGAUAUGGUCAUCAAGGGACGGGGGCAGAGUCGUUGGAAUUUGAGUCACCUCUCUACGAUUACCUCGAGACAAAUAUCCCCAAACAGCUCAUGGCGUUCUCCGACAAGCCGUUCUCGGAUGACGACCCGCUGUUCCCGAAUCAUCAGGCUGUCCUCAGAUACCUGGAAGAAUACGCCGAAGAUGUUAGGCAUCUGAUCAGAUUCAAUACUGCUGUGAAAGACGUGCAGCGGAUAGUCGACGAAGCCACUGGACAAGAGCGAUGGGCUCUCAAUGCAGAACACCUGCAGACGAAAGAGACGACGAGGCAGAUCUACGACGCAGUGGUGGUCGCCAAUGGUCAUUAUACUGUACCAUAUGUUCCUGAUAUCAAAGGCAUCGCGGACUGGAACGCCAGGCAUCCGGGAGUGAUGCUACAUUCCAAGGCAUACCGGAAACCGGAAGAUUUCAGGGACAAGAAAGUCCUUGUGGUGGGCAACUCGGCAUCAGGCCUGGAUAUUGCAACGCAGAUCGGGAAGUAUUGCAAGACCCCAAUCCUUCUUUCCUCGCGCUCGGUCUCAGCUUUCGGGACGAUGCCCCCGACAGAAUGGCGGGAGGAUGUUGAUGAGCUUGUGGAGUUCCUCCCACCGGACGCCGGAACCAGGGCCCUGAAAUUCAAGAGUGGCAGGGUAGAGAAGGACAUUGACGCGAUCGUGUUUGCGACUGGAUAUUUCUAUUCAUUUCCUUUUCUGUCAAGUCUGUCACCUCCGCUUGUCACCGAUGGUUUUCGGACCAGGGGAUUGUACCAACACUUGUUCCACAUCGACCAUCCCACGCUUGCGUUUCCAGUCAUCAAUCUCAAGGUCAUUCCCUUUCCACUAUCGCAGAAUCAGGCUGCUGUUGUCGCCCGCGUCUGGAGUGGUCGGCUUGACCUUCCAUCUACGGCUGAGAUGCGGCAGUGGGAACUUGACAUCAUCAACCAGAAUGGAGAUGGGAAGUACUUUCAUCUCAAGAGGUUUCCACAAGAUGCAGCACAAGUCAAUGAACUCUAUGCGUGGGCUAAGAAGGCGAGAACAAGAGAAGGGCUCGAAAAUGAUGGUGUAGGUAGGCUGGGGACCCGGUGGGAUGAGAGGCAAGUCUGGAUGCGAUCAAGGUUCCCAGACAUCAAGGCUGCGUAUGCAAAGAGAGGAGUCAAGGUCAAGACGAUGGAGGAGCUUGGGUUCGAUUUUGAAGAGUGGCGCAAGACAGCGGCAGAGAAGGAUCUGCAGAUGUUUCGAGAAGCAAAGUGCUGAGAUGAAGACUCCUAGAUACCUGGUAGAUACGGAGUAUAGACUUAGAAUUGUACCUGAGUAUUUUAAUAAAUGAUCCUCGAGAG